AUGAACGACACAACUGGCAUCACCAUUGCCGCUGCCCGACUUGUUGGAAUAACAGACGAAGCAAUACGAUUCUUUCAGCAACUUGAUAGAAAUACCAACUCUGUCUCGAAACGGGUACAGCAGCUUGAGAGCUUUUCAAGAUUAGCGAAGGAGGUUGAGCUGAAACCUUCAGCUGAUGACCACAACGACCAAGGACAACUCGGUCUGACAAAAAAGAUAUUAAUUUACUGUUACAAACUCAUCAGCAGAAUUCUCUCUCGACUUGAAUGGGUUGAUAAUGGUGGUAGACACACUUCUACUCAGCAAGGACUACUUGGGGUCUAUGCUGAGCUGAAUAAUCGCGAGGUCAAGGCUCUAUUUGAGGAUCUGCAUAGAGAGCAACUAUGCCUCGUAGCUUUUCGAACUUCAAGGUUUAGACCACUCUCUUGGGCUUCAGAGUCUGAUGGUCGUUCUUUGGAAUAUUCUCAUACUUUCAAAGAUCGCGAGAAAGAGUUCUUGAGCCUUUUAUUCGUCACAGAUCCCAGGGAAGACCGUGCAUCCCUUGUAUCAUCAAAAGGGCCAAUAGUCAAAGAAACAUGUACGUGGAUUACUGAAGAAUCCGCAUACAGGUCAUGGCUCUCAGGCUCCGGUGACUCCAGGGGCCUUUAUAUCCAGGGCGGCGAAGGUCACGGCAAGACUAUGUUGGCGAUUUACCUAACUGAGCAACUGGAAAAACUCGCUGCUUGUAUGUCAACUGACACAGUCUUAUACUUCUUUUGCAACCACGGAAAUAUCAACGCCAACUCUGCCGCGGCUGUCCUUCGUGGUUUUAUCUGGCAGCUUUGCAGAUUACGUCUAGAACUUUUAGAUCACGGGAUCAAGAGGACUGUAUCGGCCGACAAAGGGAACAUUGCGUUAGCGACCAACUCUGUCGAAACUCUUUGGAAAAUAUUUACGGCCAUGGUCCAGGAUCCCAACGCAGGAAAUGUUACAUGUGUUGUUGAUGGGCUUGACGAAAGUGAUGAGCUAUCGAUCAAAUCACUGGAGGAGAGGUUCAUGGAGCUGCUAUCUUCAGAAAAUGAAGGUCGUCGAAAGUUCCGGAUCCUUCUGACUAGUCGCCAUCCAUGCCAGCAGGACAAUCUUCCUACUGGGUUUUCAGUAAUCUGCCUAGACUCAGAUGCACACAAGUACAACGCUCAAGAUGUACAUCGUUUGAUCAAUCAUCGUGUUUCGAAUAUCGCACAUUAUCAUGGCUGGUCUCAAGACUUUCAAGAACAGAUGAACAAGAGCCUCACAAAAAAGGCUGGGAGCUCGUUCCUCUGGGCGAGCUUAGCGGUUUCUGGACUCAAAGGGCAAGACGAAGGCACUGCAGCACAGUAUCUUGAAGAUCUUGCUGGAGACAUUGACGCCGUCUAUGAAAGAUCUCUGCCGGCCAUUCCGCUAGAAUUUCGCCAAAAAGCACGAUCACUCUUGACCUGGGUAGCCUUGGCAUAUCAUCCGCUGAGACUUGAGGAAUUAAGCACUCUCACCAGCGAUGAAUUUUCAACGCCAGAUACUGCUUUGAUAAACACGAAAGCUUGUUUAAGUUAUUGCGGGACUCUUAUGACCAAGACCGAGAUAAGAAGACUUGGCUCUGGAUAUGAAACCAUAGAAACCGUUCAGUUCUCCCACCGAUCAGCAAAAGAUUAUUUGCUGCAACCUUAUGUUCUUCGAACCCCAAGCGACACAGAUUCUGACUUUGGCUUCUUUCAAAUCAUCCCAGAUAACAGCCAUGAGAUUCUCGCUUCUCGCUGUUUGGAAAUUAUGGAGGAAGGGCUUAAAGUCGAGGCUGAAAGGAAGACCUGUGUGGAGUAUGCUCAUGUUUUACCGUAUGCCGCAAGAUUUUGGUUCAGACACCUCCGAGAAUGCCCCGAAAAACUUUGCAGUGAGACCUUGGCAAAAAGAGCGUUGACUUUCCUAAGUCGAAAGCAUGAAAAUCGAAGACUCUGGUUCUCCUAUCUCUCCAAACUGAGACACAGGCGGGGAGAUAUAUCGACCAUUCUCUCGACAGCAUCCGAGCAUCAUGACACGAUUGGGGGGCUUGAAGAGAUCAAUGACUGUGAUGUUGUAUUCUUCGAACACCCAAAAGGUACGACUUCCGCAACUCAGCUCCAAGCACUCCAAUUAGCAUGUCUGCUUGGUAUUACUGCCAUAGUUAGGAAGAUUGUUGCUAGCACAAGUUUUCUCUCCUCUACAGGGCAAGCCAGCAUCCUCUCGCUUCACAGUUUUUCUCGAACAAGACCAAGGAGUGAGGAUCGAUUGAUCAAGGUCCAAAGAGGUGGAACACUACAACUAAGCACAGCGGAGAUCGUGGCUAUGACGCCCAUUGAACUUGCAAUCCUCGGCGGCCACCAAAAGGUUACUUCGCUAUUGCUCGACCGCUAUCCCCGACGCAGUGUAUGGCAGGAUUCAUCAUUUGCUUUGGCUACUGCUAUUAGUCGCUGCGAUGAAUAUCUGGUCAGGCUACUGGUAGAGGCUGGUGCCCCAAGGAUCAAAGCCUCUCGGCAGCUAGAAGGACCCAUCUGCACUGCUGUGACCAACCGAAGGCUUGAUGUAGUCAAGUUUCUUUGUUGCUCUGAAGUCAAGAUCUGGGCGCAACCUGAUUCCAAGUUAGAGGAAGUGACACAAGCCUUACUGUGUCUCUCCAGUGAUGCCGAUUCAAGCUCACUCGAGGAGAUGCUCUUCAUCAAGUAUGCAAAAGUUUUACUUUGCGAGGGUGCAUCUCCAGAUGGCCCCAACCUGUAUCGAGAAAACCGUGGCUUCAGAUACUGGAAACGGGCUAUUAUGGAAUAUUUACACAGACAUGGCAUCACCCUACAGAAUUUGGGACCAUAUCCCAAUAGAGAUACCCCUCUUAUGGUAUUCGUCUCUUCAAUAGAUAGAAGCAGCUCACUGACUGACCCAAUAGAGGCUGUUCAGUUCCUCUUGGACUCUGGAGCAUCUAUCAACCAAACAGAUCUGAAAGGCUGGACUGCAUUGCAUCACGUUGCCAACAAAAUUGCUCUGGGUAGAGCGAAAAAGAGUUACGAAACUACAGAUGACGCAGAAGAGUAUCAGCUUUACAAAAUCGCGAAUCUUCUUAUAGCAGCUGGUAUUGAUCAAGAGUUGGAGGACAGAGAGAAGCGCAGAGCCGCUGAUAUCCUGGCCGUGGUGGGAGCCCCAAUCUGGAACAGAAAUAUUUCGGAGUAUGAAUCGUUUCUAAGGAGGGAACCACUAAAUAGAAUGGCACUUACAUAG